GUGGCGGCCUCAGAGGGUGUGAGCUACCUGCUCGUUCUGGGCAUCAUCGGCUGGAGCAUCUACACCAAGGCCACCACCGGCAGCGGCUUGCCGGCGGGACCCGCGGGCCUGCUGGGGGCAGUGGAGGGUGUGAGCUACCUGUCGCUGCUG